AAACUUCACUAUUUUAAUGAUUAUAUAUCAUUUAAAACUUCCCUCUACAAUAAAUACAGAAUAGUUCACUUUUCCGUCAUUGUUAAUUUUUUUUUACCUUCACUUCACUGCAGCCUUCUGGAACUUGAAUUGUAUGGGGCAGCCAAGCCAACAGGAAAACCUUGGGUUAAUUUACUAGCCAACAUAAAAAUCUUGAUACCGGUAAAUGAUUUUGGAUAUUCCAUAAUAUUGUAAUCGGCCUGAUAAGUUAACGGUGUCAGGACAUAAUAUCUGAGACCGGGUCUGGCGGUUGUCGCAAUUGCUUUUUCUCAGUUACCUUGAGAUGAUCGUCACGAUAAUUUUUGUUUUAAACCAUCGUUUCCUUUAUCCGUGUAAAUUAAUAAGAAUUCUGCUCACGAACUCUAGAUCAUUGUUUCCGUUGACGUCGAAAUUGAUUUUCCUCUGGUUGCAUAUCUCCCGUGUAUCCCCUCCCCCACCCUCUAUGGAAUUGACAAAAAGCCAAUAGGACAGCCCACUGCUAUUACAGCGAGACUCGCAUUUCAAUCAUAAACAAAAGAGUAUGGCCGAUAAGGUUCUGUCGGUGAGUCGGAGUUUUCUCUCAAAAAAAGAUAAGGACUCCGUCACAGACUCCUGCUCCGUGUACAGAAGGAGAUGGUACAUCUUGAUCGUAUUCUCUUUGAUCGCUGGAGUGCAGGCAGCGGCUUGGAACACGUGGGGUCCUAUAGCGGGAUCCGCUGAAGAUGUUUUUGGCUGGAGCGAUGGAACGAUCGCGCUCCUCGAGAACUGGGGGCCGAUCGCUUAUAUUGUGUCCUUCGCACUCUUUUCAUGGCUUUUGGACGUCAAAGGUUUAAGGAUCUCAGUUCUAGUAACAGUUGCACUGAUGUUUGUAGGAACAGGGAUUAGGUGUAUCACAUCAAAACCCAAACCAGCAACAUGGCUAAUACACACGGGUCAAUUUUUUAAUGACCUUGCUGCACCAGUUGCCAUGGGUGCUCCACCCUUGGUGUCCUCUACAUGGUUCCCCCCUAAUCAGAGAGCAACAGCAACAGCAAUCUCAUCAUUAAUGAGUUAUGUUGGAAUAUCAAUAUCAUUUGGAGUAGGGCCUUUCGUUCUCAAUCCCACAGAAGUUGCAGAUCCUCCCCUGCCUAAUGCAGAUAUUUACAAUAACUCUCACAAGGACAGUGUUUAUUUGGGAAAUAAUAGCACAAACAAGAUGUCUUGGCAUGAGGCUGUGUCUACUGCAAGGUGGCAUAUCAUGCUUUAUAUGUACAUUGAGUUUGGAUUGGUGGCCUUCUUGUUUCUGUGUGUCUUGGUGUACUUCCCAGCAAAGCCACCCAGGCCACCAAGUUUUUCUGCUGCCAAGAAAAAAGUUGACUAUGUAGAAGGUGGAAAAAGACUCAUGAAAAAUUGCCAGUUCUGGAAUUUAAACAUUCUUUAUGGAGCAACAACAGGUGUUUUCAGUGGAUGGGGAGGAGUGUUGGCAGUGAAUCUCUUGGCAUUCAACUUAAAACAAGAUACUGCUGGUUGGAUCGGUUUCUAUGCCAACAUCACAGGUUGUGUCUUUGGAUUCAUCAUGGCAAGGUUUGCUGAUGUGUUUACCGGGCACAUGAAGUUAUUCCUUAUCUUCCUGUUCCUGGGUUCUACUGGCUCGUUUUUGUGGUUUUCACUUCUCUGUCAAAGAUUUAUUCCAUUUUCAAAAGUGUGGCUGUACAUCUCCGCAAUCCUCGGCGGUUGCUUUAUCAAUGGUUCCAUCCCGCUGUUUUAUGAGCUCACGAUUGAAACAACGUAUCCUAUUGCGGAGGGAAUUCCUAUGGCUGUGGUGACUACCUCUAAUCAUUUAUUCUGCCUGCUGUUUUUGGCUGCAUUGAUGAUUCCUGGAAUAGGAACCUUGUGGAUGAAUUGGUGUAUGGUGGGCAUUUGCGCUGGAUGUAUUCCUCUUUUACUUCUGUUUAAAGAAAAGUACUCUCGCCUUGAACUGGAUGCAGCAAAUAGGAAAGCGAAGCGUACUGGAGCAAUACAAAACACAAGGCAAGACGAGGAAACUCCGCUCAUAUCUUCGGUAGAAAUCGGUUAUGGCGGAGGUGAUAAAAAUGGAGUCCACAACAGGAAUGGUUCGACAAAUUCUGAAGUUUAAAUGCUGUACUUAUAGUGCUAUUGACAGUGGGUACAGACUUGAGAGCAAUCUCUGCAUCUUUAAAAAUGAUUACCUUUAAAAUUCAAAGUGAAUGAAAUACCCAAAAUAAGAAUCUGUUCGCUUUGUAUGACGUGCACUGAAAUACCCAAAGUAAGAAUCUGUUCGGGAAGGGGGUUCGCUUUUUAUGACGCCGUGAUGGGCUCCUGAUGACGUGUACAAGGGUGUGUGGUGGCACAGAUUGUCAAUUUAAGUCACUUGCUUUUUUUAUUUUUUAUUUUUUCAAAAAGUGUUUACUUGGAAUUUUCCUGGCCUGAAUUAUUAAGGAUGUUUGUUUUUAGUACUGCAAUCUGCAAUCGGGCGCUUACUCAAGAAUUCCUAUUGAGCAGCCCGGCAUUAGAACGUACAAAUUUUGCCUUCCCUUUUUCCUGUCUAUCUUGUAGUGAUUUGCCACAGGUAAUAAAUUUUCAAGAUGUAAGACUCCAAGGGUAAUCAGUAAUAUGGCAAUCAUGAUAAAAUUAAUCCGGUCAACCCUUUGACCCAUAAUAAUAGUAACUUGCGUCUAAUUUCCCCCCCCCCUCCCCCCGCUUUUAAUAUUAUCCCCUGAAUCGAUGGUUAAGGUACAAGAAUAAAGCAAAUUAUUACCAACGUAAGAAGCACUUAGUUCGUAAAGAAAUUCUCCUAGUCAGCACCAUUGGAAAUACCUAGAGAACAGUAUGGAGAAUAUGCAUACUGAUCUCAAGGUGCAAGGGAUUAAUCUUUCCUUGAUACAAUGUAUCGGGGAGGUUUUACUUGACAAAUGUCACGGAAUAUACUUUGAUCCAAAUCUAGUUUUAAUUUUCAAUUAACUGAGAUGAACCUUGUAGCAUCCAGUUUAACAAAAUUAUUAUUGUCGUAUUUGCUUCCUCCUUCGGAAUGUAUUUUGUACAUGUACAUGAAAUGUUUACUUGCUGUUUAAUCUUUCCAUUUCGAGGACGCUAUUAUAUGUAAUUCUGUUGAAUGUUCACCGUAGUAUAAGAUCAGAUUCUGAUAGUUGACAUUUCAGCUAUUUAAUGUGUUAAUUUAAAACCCUAUUAAACGAGAUGACAUAUUUAUGAAAAAUCUCCUAUUAGUUUGCUGGAAACAACAUUGGUUGUGUUUCAGUGCAUGCUCAGA